AAAUCACCUGUUCGUCACCCAUUGUUGCACCCACUUUAAUCGAAAAGAAAAUGGCCCCCUAAGAUGCUCGGUAGGUUUCGGGGUGCGCAACGCGAGCUGUAGAUGGGCUCUUUUCUUGUUCUACAAGUCAAAGAAAUGGAAUUCUGAGAGAAAAUAAUUUUUAUGAAUUAUGACUUUAUGCCCUUCCGAAUGGGGUCGGAGGCAUGUUUAAGAACGCGUGUCCCAAUUCAAAUUAAAAGUUUCUUUCUAGAGCAGCUGCAAUUGAGCGAGCGUUUCCUCUAAUAGCUCCUCCUCCUUCUCCUCCUCCUUCUCCUCAACUUGAAUUUGUUUGUUGACCCUGAAAGCGUUCGAUGAGGUUCACGGCAUUCUCCGACCGGGCGGCGAGAAUGGUUCGCCACCCUGGUUUCUACAAGUUCGCCGUUCUUGUCGCCGUCAGUGGAGGAGGUGCUGUUGCAUAUGCUGAUGCAAGAUCCGACCCAAGUUCUGAAUAUGCUCAAGCAGGUCCCAAGAAGAAAUUGGUUGUUCUUGGAACUGGCUGGGCUGGCACAAGCUUCCUGAAAAAUUUGGACACUUCCUUGUAUGAUGUUAGGGUUGUUUCACCUCGUAACUACUUUGCAUUCACUCCCUUGCUACCAAGCGUUACAUGUGGAACGGUUGAGCCUCGUAGCAUCGUCGAGCCAAUUCGCAAUAUCAUGAGAAAGAAAACUGGGCCAAUCCGAUUUUCUGAGGCUGAAUGCUAUAAUAUUGAUCCAACAAACAAAAAAGUACUCUGUAGAUCUACCAUUGGAACAAACUUGGAUGGCAACGGUGAAUUUGAACUAGAUUAUGACUAUUUGGUGGUUGCUCUUGGAGCUAGGCCAAAUACAUUCAACACUCCUGGUGUCUCUGAGCACUGUCAUUUUCUGAAGGAAGUUGAAGAUGCUCAGAGAAUCCGUAGAAGUGUGAUGAAUUGCUUUGAGAAAGCAAGCCUGCCAAACCUUAGUGAAGAAGAGAGGAAGAAGAAUCUUCAUUUUGUGGUAAUUGGUGGUGGUCCAACUGGUGUUGAAUUUGCUGCAGAGCUUCAUGACUUUGUACAAGAAGAUUUGUCUAAGUUGUACCCUAAUGCUCUAGAAUUGGUAAAGAUAUCAUUGAUUGAAGCAGGAGAACAUAUCUUGACUAUGUUUGACAAGAGGAUCACUCAAUUUGCUGAAGAAAAGUUCCAGAGGGAUGGUAUUGAUGUAAAAACAAACUUCAAAGUUGUAAAAGUGUCUGGUGAUGCCAUUACAAUGACAAACUCAUCUACGGGAGAGGUUAAUGUACCAUAUGGAAUGGCUGUUUGGUCUACUGGCAUUGGUACACGUCCCAUAAUUUUGGACUUUAUGAAGCAAAUAGAUCAGGGUAACAGGCGUGUCUUGGCAACUGACGAAUGGCUUAGAGUCCUUGGGUGUGAGAAUAUAUACGCUCUUGGUGAUUGUGCCACAAUAGCUCAACGGAAAGUUAUGGAUGACAUUUCAUCAAUUUUUAAGGUUGCGGACAAAGAUAAUUCUGGUACUUUAACCGUGAAAGAAAUCAAAGAUGUCUUAGAAGACAUCAUUGAAAGGUAUCCUCAGGUAGCACUCUAUCUGAAGACCAAGCAAAUGAAGGAUUUUUUAGAUUUGCUGAAAGAAUCUGAAAGUGAUGUUGUGAAAGAAUCUGUAGAACUUGACAUUGAAAGAUUUAAGAAGGCUCUUUCCCAGGUGGACUCACAAGUCAAAAUGCUCCCUGCGACAGCACAGGUUGCAGCACAGGAAGGAGAGUAUCUUGCUAAGUGCUUCAACAGAAUGAAGUUUUGUGAAGAAAACCCUGAAGGGCCCCUUCGUAUUAGAGGAGAAGGUCGCCAUCGUUUUAAACCCUUCAGGUACAGGCAUCUGGGACAAUUUGCUCCGUUAGGUGGAGAGCAAACAGCUGCACAGCUUCCUGGCGAUUGGAUAUCCAUAGGGCACAGCAGCCAAUGGCUUUGGUACUCUGUGUAUGCAAGUAAACAAGUAAGUUGGCGAACAAGGAUCCUGGUGGUGUCUGACUGGAUGAGAAGAUUCAUUUUUGGGAGGGACUCCAGUUGCAUCUAAAGCUGGAGUAACAGAAGUUCGGCAUUCUCUUACAAACUCUUUUUGAACACAUUCAUGAGCUCCUUAGUUCUAUUGAAUUCACCAUUUUUGUUACAGCAAAAUUUCUCUUUAAAAUUCUAAUUCAUUUCUUUGCAGCAAGAUAUGAAAUUGUUGCCAAUUAGAGUAUUUAAUUGCUAUUUACCCAAUUGGUUGUAAUAAAAAGGUGCUACUGAAACACCGUACCUGUUGAAACAAUUAAAAAAUAUUUUUAUGAAUGUUUUUCUAGUUAUUUUGAA